GCAAAGGGUCUCCAAGCACUCAAAUGUUAUCGUCUGCCCAACCUCCAAGUCACGCCUAUCAUGUCCCUGGUCCUGUAUCCAGACUCCGACCAGGAAGAUGAGGACACCCACCAUGCGCCGUCCAACGUCCAACCUGCCUCCUCUCCCGAAAGAAAAGCAGAUGCCUUGGGAGCCCGCUCUGUGAAGCGCAAACGCAGUGCCGACCUGCCACCGCUCCCGGCAGCAUUCCACAACCUCUAUUCCGUGAACGCGCGUAUCAGCACAAGCGACGACCCAAGCCUCCAUGGUGGGCGUAAGCGUGCCGUUCCACACGUUCAGGGUAAUUGGCCCAGCCAUGUGUUCCUAGAGUGGGUACCAUCACAGCCAGAAUCCCAAGCCUUGCGUCGUCUCAUCGACCAGGUGGAAGCCUCCAUCAAACAUGACAUCGAUGCCAAGAACAAGUCGUUGCAAGCUCCAGACAUUGUUCCCUCUUUGCUAUCACCACUUGGCACUCCGCUACCACUCCAUAUCUCGUUGUCCCGGACUCUGCAGAUCAAGACGGAUAACCGGGAGCCAUUUCUCGACACCUUGAUCGCUUCCAUUCGUACGUCCAUGGUGAAGCCGUUUAGCCUACGAGUCUCCAAGUUGAAAUGGGUGCCCAAUUUUGAGCGCAACAGGUGGUUCCUGGUCCUGGUACUGCAGAAGCCACCACAGAACGAACUAAACAGAUUGCUCGAUUCGUGUAAUCAGGCCACUUGCCAAACUGGACAUCCAGGCCUUUACGUGGGCGGAAGAGGUGAUGGUCCCAUGCCGCAUAACACCGCCCACAACCAGUCAAACAGCCUUACAGGGAAAUCCUGUGAUAACACCCCGACCAAUGGGGUUGACCGCACUGAAAACUUCCACGUCAGCGUUGCUUGGAACCUUGCAGAGCCCGAUGCGGAUCUUAUCCAAUUAGUUGAAGACUUGGAUGUAUCCAAAUAUGUCGCUACCUUGCAACCUGCCUUUGAUGCCGUCAAAGUGAAGAUUGGAAACAGUGUGCAUGAUGUCAAUUUGGGGACGAGGAAGUCUGGCCUGGGAACAACGGGUGGUUUACUUGGGCUAGGAUGAGCGAGCCUCUGCAAUUGUGUUUGUAUUUGACAAGUACACACCAGAACUUGAUGGGUGUCCAUCUUUGACCCCAUGACCAGUGAUGACGAGGACAUAAGCAUGCCCUUUUGUCAAUCAAACGACGGAGCAUUCAAGCAGCCAAUCCUAAAGACUCAAUAACCUGAUCAAAACAUGCGCCAAAUUGGGCGAAGAGCAUGUUGUACACACUGUAGUUUCUGUAUUGCGGUUCCAUCACAAGAAGCCAAGUUCAGUUUUUGAUUUCCACCAGUAAUCAAAAAGAUCACAAAGCGCGCCCACAAUGAAGUUGAGUAUGUGUUCACCUUUCUAUCUCGGUCAAAACAAGAACUUUU